AUGAGGAGCCUGCGCUGUGCUCCCUUCCUCUUUCUGCUGCUCUCAGCGGGAGACUCUGCGGUCAUCACUGGGGCUUGUGACAGAGAUCUGCAAUGUGGUGGAGGCAUGUGCUGUGCUAUUAGUCUCUGGAUUCGAAGCCUUCGAAUGUGCACACCAAUGGGCAGCUUGGGAGAAGACUGUCAUCCCUUGAGUCAUAAAAUUCCAUUUUGGGGAAGGAGAAUGCAUCACAGCUGUCCGUGCCUACCUAACUUGGCUUGUGUCCGGAUUCCCCCUAGUAAAUACAAAUGUUUACCAGGAUUCAAAAAUGAAGAUAUGUUUUUUUAG